CGUCGGGCACGUUGACGCCGGCGACGCGCAGCCGGGCCCGCUCCUCCCGUGCUCCGCCAGUGUCCGGCCGCGGGCCGGCCUUAGUGACUGGGGGCGGCGGGCCCGGGGCCGGGGCGCGGGGCGCGCGCGGGCGCGGGCUGCCUUCGUCGGGCCCCGAGCUCGCCCGGAGCGAGCGGCCGCCCGGGAACCGCCGCGGAGCCUCCUUGCCUGCUCCCGCCGGCGAGCAAGAUGAUGUGCGAGGUGAUGCCAACCAUCAGUGAAGCAGAAGGCCCCCCAGGAGGAAGUGGGAGCCAUGGGUCCGGCUCGCCGUCGCAGCCAGAUGCAGAUUCGCAUUUUGAACAGUUGAUGGUGUCCAUGCUGGAGGAGAAGGACCGCCUUCUGGAGACGCUGAGAGAGACUCAGGAGACACUGGCGUUAACCCAGGGGAAACUGCACGAGGUUGGCCAUGAAAGAGAUUCCUUGCAGAGGCAGCUCAACACUGCACUUCCGCAGGAGUUUGCAGCACUUACUAAAGAGCUCAAUGUGUGCAGGGAGCAGCUGCUUGAGCGGGAAGAAGAGAUUGCUGAACUGAAGGCAGAAAGAAACAACACCAGGCUGCUGCUAGAACAUUUAGAGUGCCUUGUCUCCAGGCACGAGCGGUCUCUCCGGAUGACCGUGGUGAAGAGACAGGCGCAGUCCCCGGCAGGCGUGUCCAGCGAGGUGGAAGUCCUCAAAGCACUCAAGUCAUUGUUUGAGCACCACAAAGCUCUGGAUGAAAAGGUGAGGGAGCGCCUACGAGUAGCACUUGAAAGGUGUAGUUUGCUGGAAGAAGAGCUGGGUGCCACCCACAAAGAGCUGAUGAUUCUUAAAGAACAGAAUAAUCAGAAAAAAACACUGACAGAUGGGGUGCUUGACAUAAAUCAUGAACAAGAAAACACACCCAGCACGAAUGGAAAGAGAUCCUCCGAUGGCUCUUUAAGCCACGAGGAAGACCUUGCUAAAGUGAUGGAGCUGCAGGAAGUCAUAGACAAGCAGGCCCGGGAGCAGAGCCAGAUGAAGGAGCGCCUGGCCGCCCUCUCCACCCACGUGGCGGAGCUGGAGGAGGACCUGGACACCGCCCGGAAGGACCUCAUCAAGUCCGAGGAGGUGAACACGAAGCUGCAGCGAGAUGUGCGGGAGGCCAUGGCGCAGAAGGAAGACAUGGAGGAGCGGAUCAACACCCUGGAGGAGCGCUACCUCGCAGCCCAGCGCGAGGCCACCUCUGUGCACGACCUCAACGACAAGCUGGAAAAUGAAAUUGCCAACAAGGACUCUAUGCAUCGACAGACUGAGGAUAAGAACCGCCAGUUGCAGGAGCGCUUGGAGCUGGCGGAGCAGAAGCUGCAGCAGACCCUGCGGAAGGCGGAGACACUCCCUGAGGUGGAGGCUGAGCUGGCCCAGCGGGUGGCCGCGCUCUCCAAGGCUGAGGAGAGACACGGCAACAUUGAGGAGCAGCUGUGCCAGAUGGAGGCGCAGCUGGAGGAGAAGAACCAGGAGCUGCAGCGGGCACGGCAGAGAGAAAAGAUGAAUGAAGAACAUAAUAAACGUUUAUCAGAAACUGUUGACAGGCUCCUUUCAGAAUCUAAUGAGAGACUUCAGCUCCACCUUAAGGAGAGGAUGGCUGCUUUGGAAGAGAAGAAUUCUCUAGUACGUGAAGUUGAAGAUGCAAAAAAGCAGUUAGAAGAAACUCAACAUGAUAAGAAUCAACUGGUACUGAACAUCGAAGCUUUGAGGGCUGAACUGAGCCAGAUGCGGCUCAGAGGUGCUUCCCUUCAUCACAGCCGACCCCACUUGGGCAGCGUCCCAGACUUCAGGUUCCCCGUGGCAGACGGUCCCACGGACUCCUACGGCAGCAGUGCGGUGUUGCGGCGCCCCCAGAAAGGCCGCGUGGCAGCGCUGCGGGACGAGCCUUCCAAGGUACAGACUCUAAACGAGCAGGAUUGGGAGCGUGCCCAGCAAGCCAGCGUCCUGGCCAAUGUGGCACAGGCGUUUGAGAGCGAUGUUGAUCUGUCAGACGGCGAGGACGAAGGGGACACUCUCUUCAGCUCGUCAGCGCUGUUGUCGCCUAGCGGGCAGGCCGACGCUCAGACGCUGGCCAUGAUGCUGCAGGAGCAGCUGGACGCCAUCAACAAGGAGAUCAGGUUGAUUCAGGAGGAAAAGGAGAGCACAGAGCAGCGGGCCGAGGAGAUCGAAAGCCGUGUUGGCAGUGGGAGCCUGGACAACCUCGGUCGUUUCAGAUCCAUGAGCUCCAUUCCCUAUCCUGCGUCCUCACUCGCGGGCUCCUCCCCUCCAAACAGCGGUCGGUCCACCCCUCGACGCAUCCCGCACAGCCCCGCUCGGGAAGUGGACAGACUAGGCAUCAUGACUCUGUUGCCAGCUUCCCGAGAAGAGGUACGAGAUGAUAAGACAACGAUAAAAUGUGAAACAUCCCCUCCUCCCUCCCCGAGGUCCCUGCGCUUGGACAGGCUGCAUAAAGGAGCCCUGCACACGGUCAGCCACGAGGACAUCCGGGACCUCAGGAACUCAACAGGCUCACAGGACGGCCCGGUGAGCAACCCCAGCAGCAGUAACAGUAGCCAGGACUCGCUCCACAAAGCCCCCAAGAAGAAGGGCAUCAAGUCCUCCAUCGGCCGCUUGUUUGGCAAGAAGGAAAAGAUGCGCCCUGGGCACAUCGGCAAGGAGGCGCUGGGACAAGCUGGCAUUUCAGAGACAGAAAACUCAUCCCAAGACGCCUUGGGACUUAGCAAAUUGGGAGGACAGGCUGAGAAAAAUCGCAAACUUCAGAAAAAGCACGAGCUGCUCGAGGAAGCACGGAGACAAGGUCUGCCUUUUGCACAAUGGGACGGGCCCACUGUGGUCGUGUGGCUGGAGCUCUGGGUGGGGAUGCCGGCCUGGUAUGUGGCCGCGUGCCGAGCCAACGUGAAGAGCGGGGCCAUCAUGUCGGCCCUGUCGGACACGGAGAUCCAGCGGGAGAUCGGCAUCAGCAACCCUCUGCACCGGCUGAAGCUGCGGCUGGCCAUCCAGGAGAUCAUGUCCCUGACCAGCCCGUCGGCCCCACCCACGUCCAGGACGCAGACGCUCGCGUACGGGGACAUGAACCACGAGUGGAUCGGCAACGAGUGGCUGCCCAGCCUGGGCCUCCCGCAGUACCGCAGCUACUUCAUGGAGUGCCUGGUGGACGCGCGCAUGCUCGACCACCUGACCAAGAAGGACCUGCGGGGGCAGCUGAAGAUGGUCGACAGCUUCCACAGAAACAGUUUCCAGUGCGGAAUUAUGUGCCUACGAAGGUUAAAUUAUGACCGAAAAGAACUGGAAAGGAAAAGAGAAGAAAGCCAGAAUGAAGUAAAAGAUGUGCUUGUUUGGAGCAACGAUCGUGUGAUUCGCUGGAUCCUGUCUAUUGGUCUGAAAGAAUAUGCAAACAACCUCCUGGAGAGCGGGGUGCACGGGGCACUCAUGGCCUUAGACGAGACCUUCGAUUUCAACGUGCUGGCCCUCCUGUUGCAGAUCCCCACGCAGAAUACCCAGGCUCGCACUGUCCUGGAGAGAGAGUUCAACAACCUCUUGGUCGUGGGCACGGACAGGCGGUUCAGUGAGGACGAUGAUAAGACCUUUAGGAGAGCACCUUCUUGGAGAAAAAAAUUUAGACCAAAGGACGUUCGUGGCUUAGCUGCUGGGUCAGCAGAGACUCUCCCUGCAAACUUCCGGGUCACCUCCUCCCUGUCCUCGCCCUCCGUGCCACCGAAGAAGAUGCAGCUGGACGGCAGUGUGUCAGGAGCGCAGAGGCUGGAUUCCGCCACAGUCAGGACUUACUCCUGCUGACGCCUCCUGUGUUUACCCACACUACUUCUACAGGUGACUGCAGCUGGAGCCCUGAGGGACGGCCUUCUAGAACUCAAUGGGAUCUUCAGUCUGUCAAUACUUGUUUAUGGACCUGAGAUAUUUUAUUACAGAGUUUUUAAUCAGUGAAAAUUUCACAAAUACCGUAAAGAAGAUAUUUUAGAAUCUAAUGUUUCUUAUAUUUAUGUAAACUUAUGCCUUCAUUUAUACAGUUACUUACUUUUUCAUGUGUAUCUGGGCUAUAAAUGUCCUAUCAGACCAAGUCAUGUCCCUGUCUAAUUUUAGUCUCUUCAACGAAUGUACUGUAAUGCUUGUAUGUAUAAAUCCUGUGAACAGAUGUAGGGCUUUUGUAAAUUAUGCAUUUACUGUAAUUAUCACUGUUUAAUUUUUUGAUAAUAAGCCACAGCAGAGAAAAGGCUCUCACUGGGUCUGUGAAGUUGGCCUGACACCGUGCGGUGGCCUCUCCGAGCUGCACAACAAUCCCUGUGAAACGGGCAGACGUUUCCAGCAGUUUCUGUUGGAGUUUAAUGACUGACCUUGCUAUACUUUUUCUAGCAAGAAAUGCUUUCUUCUGCAGCGUGAAUAUACCUGCGUUAGACAUUUGGACUGUGAAAGGACGAAUCAGAACACUACGAACUCUCUGGGCCCGGCUCAGUGCUUUGUAGCCUCGUCUCUGCGGACUGGAGACGGUCUUCAGUGACGGCCAGAGCCGUGAGCUGGAGACGGCUCUCUGCUGGACAAGAUAAAGCAGGUGGGGAGCCUCUGGCUCGGCCCGGGAAGGCGCCGGCACCCCCACACGAGGACCAAUCAUGGCGGCCACAUGCACAUCGCAGAGACUCGGGUGCAGAGAUGACGCACGGGCUCCUGAGAAUAAUGCUGCGCAACUAAUAAAGGCCUUAUUUUUCUUACUUAGAA